AUGUCGUUCCCUCUCCGCCCAGUUCCUUCUCCCCUGGUGUUGGAAACUUCCUCCUCCAGCUCUGAGCAGGACACCUGGCCGAGCGCCACCUCCAGAGGCUCCCCUGUGCCUGCAGGACAGGUGGCUCCUCAGCCCCUGAAGGCCUGCCCCUUGAGAGGCACAAAGCGGCCUCUGGAGGAGGACAGGAGUGGACGCAGCAGUGAGCAUGUGCUGGACGCUAGAGGGUCAACUGCCCCCCCCCCCGCAAAGGACCGAAGGCUUUUUCCUCCGAGGGGCCAGCUGGUCACCCUCCAGGGCCCCUGCCAGGCCCUCUGCCCACCUGCCGGCCCUCUCCUGGAGACACAUAGGCAGCGGGCACUCCCCACCGAGGUGGCCUCCAGCCUGGACGGUGAUGACAAAGCCAGUGAACCCCCGGCCUGGCCAUGGACCCCCGAGUGCUCCCGGCUCCUCCCGGCUCUCUGCGCCCUCCUGGCGGAUCCCAGGCAGCCGGUGGCGGAUGACACCUGUCUGGAGAAACUGCGGGACUGGCUUAAAACAGUCACGGAAGCAGAAUCCAGUCUCCUGGUGCUACAGGAGAAUCCCUGCCUGACAGAGCUGCUGCUCCACACGCUGAAGCUCCAGGACACGAGUCCCCGAGUCCUGUCCUUCCCGCUCCGCCUUGCAGGGGUAUUUGCAGCCCAGGAGGACUGCUUCCGGUAUCUCCAGCAGGGGCAGCUGCUGCUCGGGCUCUUCGGGGAGGCCGGGCCCCUGGGCAGAGCGGCCUGGGGCAUCCCCGGCGUGUGCAGCGGCUGGGCCCAGGGCCUGUGCUCCCUGGCGCAGCACCCCAGCGCCCUGCAGUUCCUGGCUGACUGCAGUGCUGUUGACACCAUCCUCUCCCUGCAGGGAGACCCCAGCCCGUUUGUCGCCUCGGCCGCCAGCCAGCUCCUGGUGCGCAUCCUGGCCUUGGCCCUGCACGGCGGCACCGGGGAGCAGCCCCUCGACGGGCCCCCCUGUGCCCAGAGGGUCGUGGGCCACCUUGAGGAGUGCCUGAGCUCCCCGGCCACCCCCCAGGUCACACGAGCGCUGGACGUGCUGACUUCCCUGUUUGGGCGCUGCCAGGGCCACUGGACCCAGGUCCUGUGGGUGCGGCUGAGCCCCGCCGUGGCCCACCUCCUGGAGGAAGACCCCGUCCUGGCCGCGCCCGUGCUCGUGGGCCUCCUGCUCAGCGUGGCGCGCCCACAGGCCUUGAGGACCCAGGCCCUCCGUGUCCUACUCCAGCCCCUGGCCUGCGUCCAGAAAGCUGCUGCUCAGCCCCCCAGAGCCCCAGGUCGUCCUGCGUGGGCCUCCCGUGCCAGACCCUGGCCCAGCUGGAGGAGCUGCAGCCCCGUGGGUGGGGCCCGGAUGGGGACAGGCCUCCCCGGCGCAGAGGCCACCAGCCCCGCAGCCCCCACUGAGCCCUUGCCCUGGCCCCAGGCGCCCCUGCUGGGGGGUGUGACGACGACGCUGCGGUUCUGCACUGGCUCCGCGGCCCCUGCCUCCAGCGUGGGGGGCCGCCUCUGCAGGACCCUGGCGGGCUGUGUCCGGGUGCAGCGAGCGGCGCUCGAUUUCCUGGGCGCACUCUCGCGGGGGACGGGCCCCCAAGAGCUGGUGACUUGGGUGUUUGCCCUCCUCCUGGAGUACCUCAAGAGCCCUGACUCCAGCCCUAUGGUCCUGAAGAAGGCCUUCCAGGCCUCGCUCCAGUGGCUGCUGCACUCACUGGGCACCCCCCAGCCCCUGCAACCUGGGCCCCCCAGACCCAGCUCUUCCUCACAGGGACGUGUGACCUCAGGCCGCCCUGAGCCGCCCCUCGGCCCUGCAGAGCUGCUGCCCGUGCUGCAGAAGCGUCCGUGCAGCCCCUGCUGGGAGGUGCGAGACUCGGCCCUGGAGUUCCUGGCCCAGCUCACCAGGCACUGGGGAGGGCGGGCCGGCUUCCGACAGGCCCUCCUGGCCUCAGAGGUGCCUGAACUUGCCGAGCAGCUGCUCCAUGACCCCGAGAGCUACGUCUGAGCCGGCGCGGUGGCCGCCGUGGGGCAGCUGUCCAUGCAGGGGCUGCACGCCAUCCCCGAGGCCCCGGAGGCCCAGCAGGAGGCUGCUCCUCGAGCUCCUCACAUUCUCUCCACGGACUCAGAGGGUUUCCCCCGCCGGGCCGUGAUGCACGUCUUCAGGGAGUGGCUGCGGGACGGCCACGCCGACGUGGCCAAGGACAGGGAGCAGUUCGUGGCCAGCGUGCUCCGGGCGGCGGGCCGCGACCUGGACUGGGAGGUCAGGGUGCAGGGCGUGGAGCUGGCCCUGGCGUUCCUGGCCCAGACGCUGGAGCCUCCUGGCGCCAGCUGCCCCUAUGCCGUAGCCCUGCCGGGGGCCGCCCCGCGAAGCCCCCCAGCCCCCGCAGUGCUGCCGACGCUGUGCUGGGCCCAGCUCUUCGAGUUCACCUUUCAUGCCUCGUUUGACUGUGACUGGACUGUGGCCCGGAAGUCCUGCGACCCCCUCCUCCUGUUGGGGGCCACGGUGGACCCCUGCGGUGCCAGCAUGGAGGUGGGGGGCGGCCCCAGCUCUGCCAGCGUGGAGGCGGCCCUGCGGAGCUGGCAGGCAGGCGGGCAAGGCCAGCCCCUGGGGCAGCUGGAGCCCGAGGCCGUGGUGGCCGUGCUGCGGGCCCUCAACCUGGAGGGCCUCCGGGCCACGCUGGCCGAGAGCAGUGACCACGUGGAGAGACGCCCCCAGUCCCUCCUGCAGGACAUGCUGGCCACCGGGGGCAUCCUGGAGGACCAGGCUGACUGCUACUGAGGGGCCCCGGCCCCCACCAGCACACCAGGGGACGGACCUCCCACCAGGACAGCAGGGGCCCACGGGGCUGUCCUGGGUCCCCUCUUGGCUCCUGCCGUCCCAGGGCUGCGAGGCGCCCCCAGCCCAGCCCAGCUCCACAGGGGCCUCUGGGCAGCUGGGACUGGGGAGAGCAACAAGAGGGAACCCACAUUGUGAUUUAUUAUUAAAGAAAUGGCUUAUUUUCUACACAGAAUAAAUGGUUUCCGACAGAG